AUGCAACCAUUGGGAAAAUCCCUGAAAGCUGCUAAACUUGACGGUGGUCCAUGGAAACAAGAGCUGAGUCGUUUCCUGUUGCACUAUCGCACCACACCGUAUUGUACCACUGGUGUUCCAACCUCUGAACUGUUAUUUAAUCGCCAAAUUCAAGGAAAACUUCCUAUUUUACAAAAAAGCAACCUCGUUAACCGUUACAACGAGGCUCGGGAAAAGGAAGGUGAAAGACAACAAUACAACAAACGUUACGCUGAUGAAAAGAGAAACGUUAGAGAAAGCCCAAUAAAAGUUGGCGACUACGUUUUGUGGAAGCAAGAGAGACGGAACAAACUCACACCCAAUUUCAAUGAAACACCCCACAUUGUCAUCUCGCGAAACAACGGUGACAGCACGUAGUCAGACAGGACACACUAUACUCGCAAUGUAUCACACUUCAAGCCAAUACCGAAGCCAAAGAUUGAUGUUCAGUCGACGAUGACAGUGAAACUUAUGACGCGGAAAGGACCGAACGAGACAGAAUUGACACUAACCCUGAGCCAAGACGUUUGACAAGGAAUGUCAGGCAACCAGAACGAUAUGGCGAGGGAAUUCCCUUGUCGGUAAUUAAAUAAAAAAGUGGAGUGAUAUAGUAUUGAAGUCAUGUCAUUCACCCUGCACGUACCAGGACUAUAUAGACAUAGGGCACGUUGUGUAGAAGAACCACACGAAGACAUCAAUCAGACCUAUAUCGUUAUGUUAUGCUAAAUAUAUUCUAUAGAUUAAGCCCGUUGUCAAUUCCAGAACGCGUGAGGGCGCAAUGCGACUUUUAAUGAGUUAAAAAUAAAUUUAUUUGUGGCACCUUCUAGAAUACGAUAUCUAACUUGACUGAGAGUGUCAUCCCACCUAACGUAUAUUCUAAGGUCAAUAUGGCAAUAAACCGGAGAAGAAAACCGAUUUAGCUGUUCAUUUUUUACUAAACAAAAACGACUAAAACCGGGAUAUUAUAUAUUUCCAUUAAAUCGAACAACAUGAUGUGUGCUAUAAACGCCAUGCGUAACGCCGUCUUAAGGUGGCUUCCUACAGUUUUGAUUGUACAGCACACAGUUGUAUUCAAAAAACCAUUAUUUUAUCAGUCUUGCAAAGUAUGAUCACGAAACUUGGCUACAUAACUGCUACAAUAUCGCGAAUGACGAAAAAUAAAAAAUGUCGUUAAAAAUCCCCAUUGCCAUGGUAACAAAGCGAUUUUAAAAAGGGCCAAUUUGCAGAUUCUUUGAUAAUUUUUUGAAAAUUUCUUCGGUAAAACUUUUUAAUUUUUUGCACACUGUAACCUUAUCUAUAAUUCCUUCAAAUGAUAGCAUUUAAAAAAAAUCGUACGAGAAUUUUUUUUUAAUCCUCAAAAAGCCCUGUUUUUGGAAUAAAAAAAAAUUUGGCUCGUACGAUUCUCUUAAACCCUUGCACAUUUUACGCACUUCAAGAUUACAGGAAAGUCUGUAAAGUUUUAAAAAAAUUUACCGAAGGAAACACGAGAAAAAUACAAUUAUUUUUAUCUAUGUGACGUCACAAAAAUCAGGAUUUCAAUUUCCUCGCGCGACCAGUGGACAAUCCCACGAAGGCUCGCGCGUGUAUAUCAUGACGCAAUUUUAAAAACCCCGCCACGCGUGCAACGUCGACCACGCGUGUUGCGUGUAGCACUACUGAUCUCGCGCGCGGACAAAAUUUCCGCGACACAGACCUAAAACUGUAGGGAGCCACCUUAAGUAUUUGUUUGAAUUGCAUUGCAGUUUUACAAAAAAGGACAUGCAUGUGAAACAGUGCCUUGACUAGGCUCUUUUUGUUAUUUUGUGCUUUUAGGAUUACGCAGACUAAACGAAAAUUAAUUUUUAGCGUGGUGUUGUGCACGUUUCCGAACUUCUUUUUCAGUUUUCCAGCUAGUUUUCGCUUUUUGCAAGAAUUGUCUCUCCCUGUCAUUACAGUACAUCAGUUUAAGGAAGAAAACAUGAGAUAUUUGCAAGGACUAAGUGUGAAAAUUACUACACUGUAAGCGUUUUAUGUGUAUGCCUAGCAAGACGCAUUUUUAUUUCCAUCUUAUCUUCAGCGUGACUUGUGAAUGGUAACAUUAAAAAUUAUAUAUAACAUAUAAAACAAAUUUUUAAAGAUUGGAUAUUUGCAUCAAUGCCAUAAUAAUUACUGUAUCUACAAUUCAUCACCAUGGAUAAUUUCUAACAGUUUUCAAUCUUAUUGUUUAUAGUUGCUUCAUUGGGACCAAUUGCCUCGUCUGUUAUCUGCUUCUUUACGAUAUGGUUUAAAAGCAAAUCACAGAAUACUCUUCAUACAGCAUCCUUUGUAUUUUUGGGUGCUGCUGUUUAUCAAGUUAUAUUAGCAAGUCAAAGCCCAACACCUUGGUUGUACAAAUCUCAUGCUGGAUCAAUAAUUGCUGUGAGUAUAUGCACUCUCUUAAGUGCCUCGUUCAAUAUUAGUUAACCGUAUAACAAAUUUUAUUUUUGCAAAAGAGUAGCCCACAAAAUUUUAGCAAUUCGUGUCAACGCACAGUACAGGGCGCGAAAUAACGGCUGGAGGGUCGUCGGACAUACCGAAUUUCUGGCCGGUCAAAUUAUUCAGCUUACUAUUAGCCUAACUAUUGCCAAUCUAAGAGGCAGCCUAUUGGACGGUAAUGUUGCAUAAAUGCAUGAUCUCAGACACCCCCACACUCAUGUUUGAUGUUAAUUAUUGCAUAAACUAGAAAUACAUGCAUGCAACAACCCCUCGCCUAUAUUCUCCAAAUAUUGUUUCAACAUGAAGUAUUCGUAAUUACGCCAACACUGAACGCAGAUUAAAACUGACUUAGAAAACGUACAUAAAUGGCUAAUUGCCAUGAAGAAAUUAACAUUGAAUCAGGAAAAAACUGAAUGCAUGCUGGUAGGCUCAAGACAGAGACUACAACAAUCUUCAAGUAUAUAAUCCUCAAAUAGUUAUUGGCAACCAUACUAUACAGCAGGUCUCAAGUAAGAAAGUUCUUGUGGUCAUUAUUGAUGAACAGUUAAAGUGUAAAGAACAUAACGAUGCACAAUGCAAAAAAAUUUCUUCCCAGUCAAUUGCUCUCUUGAAAAGAGCAAAGCAAUUUGUAAUCAAGAUCCACUUCUAGACAUGUUCAAUGCACUUGUCCCACCUCAUUUCACAUACUGUUCGAAUGUAUGGAAUGAUGGUAGUUGUGCACAUAUUGAAAAACUACAUAAAUUGCAUAAGCGAGCCGCUCGAGUGAUAACGGGUUCAAAUUAUGAAAUAAGAUCAACAGAGAUAUUUGAAAAAUUAGGUUGGCAAAAAAUUGAAAUUAUUCUUAAAAAACGUGAACACAUUAUAUAUACAGUAUGACAUUUAAACUUAAAGCAUUACGGGGUGAAACGCGUAGUAACUACUUGUCAGACCUGUUUGUCGCCAGUCAUAAUGACAUGCACGUAUCAAUUAAGAAGUAAUGAUCGAAAACUUUAUUUAAACAAACCAAACACAAACUUUAUGAAAAAUAGCUUUUCAUACCGCGGAGCUGUAUCCUGGAGUAGUCGUCCAGCUGAAAUUGUCAAUGUAUACGACCAACUUUCCUUGUAUUCUUUUAAAACUUUAAUAAAUCAUCACUACAAGGACUUCGAGGGAAAUACAUUGACAACUUAAUUAACCUAAUUCUCUUUUGUUACAAUUGUUGUAAAUAGAUAGUAAGUGUUUGUAUUUCUAAACAAUGUAUAUGUAUGUAUUCAUAAACGGCCCCUUGAAAAUCAGUUUUUCUUUACUGCUGAAGGAUUACCGUUUUCAAAUAAUUUUAAAUAAUAAUGGAAACUUUAUUGAAAUUAUAUACGUAUAUAUACAAUUAUAAAUCUCACUAAUUUAGUAUUUUAUUUAAUAAUGAGUAUCCUUAAAUGUUCAGUAAUUCCGGAUUUAACCAGUCCUUAUCUCUGCAGCAAAAUAUAUAAUAUGUUGUCCUAAUCGCGAUAGACAUAAUUUUCCUGAUAGCGAAAUAUUGGUGUCUUUUAUCAAGACCUAGAUCAUUUAACAUAUCUAAAAAGGAAUGACAUUCUUUUGAGAAAACGCCUAAAGAACUAAUUGACAAAUUUACAAAUUUUACGGACUUAAAUUGUUUCUUUUGCUGUGUAAUGAGAUCUUCGUAUCUUCUUCUUUUCCGAUCAACAUUUGUUUGUAGAUUAGACUCAUAACCAACAGAAAGUUCAAGGAUAUAGAGACAAUAAUAAUAAUAAUAAUAAUAAUAAUAAUAAUAAUAAUAAUAAUAAUAAUAAUAAUGCUAGUCAUGGCAACACGAUAAUUUUUUUUAAAAAUUUUUGUACAAACCUUCAAAAAAUAGAUGAACUUAAACACUUUUAAAUACAGAACUAUCAAUUUCUAAAAUAUAUAAAGUACAUGUAGGUAUAAUUAUUUUGGUUUCUAUAGGCUUUAUUUUCAUGUCAAAUUCAAAACGAAACUCUACGUAUAAUGUGAAUUGAAAUUAACUGCAUUUUGCCGAUAUUAAACUGUUCAACUUGUGCUUCAACUUAUUACUCGCACUUUGAAAUAAAUUUAAUUUUACAGGACGCUAAUGAAAAUAAUAUGCUUUUUGAGAUCAGUGAGAUGACCACCCAUACACCCAUGAACCAUGCGCCCGCGAUAUUUUUUUUAACUUUAUUGGUUAAUAUUUAUAAAUAUGUACAAAUACAUUUGAAAAUAACCAAUCGACAAAGGCGCGAACGGGACAGAAGUACCCAUGCGAGGCGCCUUCCCGUUAAGACGUAACGUUAAAAUAACAUAGGUCAGCAUAAGACUAAAUAGCCAGGCAGAAUUAGUAGCCUCGCCCCGGGCUAACGCCCGGAACGGCGCUCCGCACCGUUGGCUCGGGGAUUAAUUUAAAAAUUAUGCGUGAAAGGCCAUUAUUAGCACCAGUUAUUUGCAGCUGACGUAUUAUUCUCACCUGUUUUUUUAGGAAAAUUAGCCAAUCAACGUUGAUUGGAUAAGUAAAUGAUAAUUUGUAUUAUCCGCAUACAAAAAGUGCUAUGGCUAUGCCUGUCUGUGGUAUUUUUGGCGUCAUUAAAAGAGGGUUAAUUUUAUAUUUUUUGUUGUAGGUUCUGGGAGGACUAACAACAAGUAUGUUUGGUACGUAUAUUCGACUAACGAUAUCAAUUAUUAUGCGAGAAGAAAGUAGAAGGGCGUUAUACUGGUGUGGAAUGAGUAUUCAAAUUGGAUCGUUCAUCGGUGCAUUUAGUAUAUUUCCUUUUGUUAAUAUUUUACAUGAUUUCCACGGCAAGAAUGCUUGUUAGUCAUCAUAACGAUCAGGGAAACAAGAGUUGUCUUAUUUACUUUUCAGUUUAUACUCUAAUAGCGAACUGUAAACGUAGCUUAGUGUGCAAGAUAACUUUUACAGCAUAAUUAUGCUCCCACUGGAAAUAUUAAAAUAACUUAAUUAUUAUGGGUAAUAUAAGCUAUAAUUGUCGAUACCUAUAUGACUGUGUAUAAACGGUAGGUUUUUCAUGGUAUAACGCAACUGGCUUCAAAAACACUUUUGGUCAUUACACAACUAUUACUACAUGAGCCAAUUUUUCGUGCAUGAGCAAUUUUUUUGAAAAAACUUUCGCUCGUUGCAGUCAGAUGUUGGACUUGAACUGCGAUCUGCAAUGCAAUUACUUUUUUGUUUUUAAUAUGAAAAAUGAAAAGAAGAGAUUGCUCUGAUUGGAGGGUCAUUUUGCGACACAGGUUUAAAGGCACAGUUCAGCCGGCUUUUGGGAGACUUUUUUUAUUUAUUGGUUUACGGAUUUGACUUAAAAAAACAGGUCGUUAAGGUAAAACACACCACUGAACACACUGAGUAUAAAUGAGAACCAAAUUUAAUAAUCUGUAUUAAAUUUUUUAAUGUUGUAAUAUCUUCUAAACAUUUAACUUCUGCUUGGAAAAACAUGGCAUGGCUAAUCACCAUAUUGAUUGUCACAGCAAUAAUAUGCAUAAGCCAACAGUACUUAGAGUCAAAGUUUACUUGGCGUGUAGUUCAUGUCAGAACCCCAGAUUAACUAAAAUCGUAAAAUUGUUGACAUCCAAUUUUUUUUUUAUUUUUCACUUUCUGAAUAUUCACAGUCCGAUGUGGAUCUGUAAACCAAUGAAUAAAAAAGUCUCGCUCAAAUAGGAAAAUUUUUUAAUAUUAAACAUUGUUAAAAAAAUGUUAAACACAUUGAGAUCACUGACCUUGAAUUAUGCUUAUUAAUAAUUUAUUUUCCUAUAUUUAAAGUUUGUUCGUUCACUGCAACCAGGUAUAUCAAUCCUGUUUCGUUCGCUACUCUGGUUUAAAUAAAUGAUUACAAAGCCCAGUCGAAUUGUAAUCAAGACCUAACGUUUCGACACUCCAGUCUAGUGUCUUCAUCAGGAGUGAUCUAAAAUUGCAAUCGUGGCUUCUUAAAUACCCAAGGCAGGGCUGCAAAUAAAUAUUUGACUUGACAGGACAUUUGUCCGAUCACUUUUAAUUUUGGUCAGACAUAACUUGAAUUUGGUCGGACAAAAACCAACAUCACUAAAUUUGGUCGAUAUAAGUCACGAGACAAGUAUGUAUAGCCAUUCCGGCGCAACGUUAAGUAAAAUGCUAGAAUGCCUCGUAAAUUUUAUUGCAAAAUGCAAAUUGAGUGAAUUUGCAAUCGGAUUUUGUCACAGCAAAAAAAUGUAUAAUGUGACAAUUUUUUUGUGAUCAGACCAAUGUCCGAUCAAAACUACUUUUGCUCGGACAUUUGCCAAAUUUAGUCGGACAUUGUCCGAUGUCCGACAGUAAUUUGCAGCCCUGCAAGGGAUGACGUCACCUGCCAAUGAGAUGACGUCACCUGCCAAUGAGAUAAAAGUAUUCCUCUGGGAAAUAGGCACCGUCAUCCCUAUUCAAAGCAUGAUUACUCACAUUUAUAUGCCACGCUUCUAGGCAUAGUCUUUGACCAUAGCGAUUGUUUGUGGUAAUUACUUUAGAGUUUUCCCACGCACUGUCGUGUUUGGUGUAACAUACAUGUUCUGCUAAAGCUGAUUUUCCCUUGUCUAAAGUUGAAACAGCCUUUUGAUGUUCUUUUAGCCGUGUACCAAACUGGCGUUUAGACUGACCCAAAUACUCUUUCUCGCAGUCACCGCAUGGUAUAGAAUAUUCAGCAUGAGUUUUCAGAUUUGUUUUAACAGGAUCUUUUGGCUUUACGAAAAUAUGGUCUAAAUGUAUGGAACUAUUGUUGUGACACCUUGAAUGUAUGGAAAUAUUGCAUAAUCCUUAACAGAGGUAUCACCCUCGGAGUUGUUUUGGUUCCUAUACAAACAGGUGAUCUCAGGCAAUCAUUUAGAAAACGUUUUGGGUAAUCGUUUUCCUCUAAAACAUUUAGAACAUACUCACGUUCAUUAGCUUGAGAAUCACUAUUUUCCUAUAGUUUUUCAAUUAAAACGGUCGUAAUGCGCAUUAAAACCCAUCAUUCAAAAGGCUGAACUGUGCCUUUAAGUACAGUGGGGAAACAGGUGGGAAAUUUGUCUGAGCAUGCGCGAGUAAAAUGAGUCACGCAAUUGUGUGGAAUACACGCAACGCGUGUUUACAAAAAAGCACAAUCGUGUAAAUAUUGCAAAAUGUUUGUACAAAAUAAAUGACUGUUUUAUGUUGAAA